AUGGAGUUUUCAAAAGUAGAAGCAAAUGAUAAUGAUGAACUGAAAAAAGAAGAACUUAUAAAUAAUAUAAACAGUUUUUUUGAAAAAGUUCAUUUUGAUAAUAGUAUAAAUAAAUUAGAUCGAUUAAAAAUAUAUAGUUUAUCAACAGAGACAGAUUCACGUAAGUACUCAAGACAAUUACAAUGUGAUAAUACUUUGGGACAACAAAAUGAAAAUAUUUUAGAACAGCAAAAUGAGGAUAGGUAUGUGAAACUGCCACCUCCUCCAUUGCCAUAUAUAAAUGCUGACGAAAUAAUAAACAAUUGUAAAUUUAAUAAUGUAUUAAUAAAUAAGAAAAGAAACAAUACAGAUAAUAAUAUAACUAAUUCAGCAAUGUAUAUAAACAAUAACUGGUUUAAAACAAAUGAAUCUAAAAAUGGCUAUAUCAAUCAUGAUAGUGUAUUUGCAACAGACACAUCUAAUGAAAUAGAAAAAAAAUUAAAAAGCAUUGCAUUUAUUAAAAAUUUAAAUAAAUAUAAUUACGAAUUUAAUGAAAAUAAUAUUCUUAAUAAAUCAAAUAAUAUAUUUAAAAUGGGUUCUGAACCAAAAUAUAAUAAUAUCAAUUAUAAUUAUGAACAUAUUUCAAAAAGUGUAGAUGCAAUACCAUUCUAUAAUAAUUCACAAGAAAUAACAAAAACAUUUCAGCCUACUAAUUUAUCAUAUACAAUAAAUGAGGAUGUUCAAAAAAAAUCUGAAAAAUAUCUAAACCAACCUAAUUCCUCAUUAAACAAUUUAAAUGAAAAAAAUGAAAUAUGUAACAACAAUUUUAGCGAGUUGUUUACCCAAAAUAUGAAACAAAAUUUCAAUCAAAAACAUGAAUAUAUUUUUAAUAAUAAUUAUGACAAUGUUUUAUAUGACAAUGAUGAGGUAAAUAAAGAGUUAGAAACAGGUAUUCAAUUUAAUUGGAAAAAAGACAAAACAUCAAUAAAAGAGAAUAACAUAAACGAACUAAAUGAUGGCCUAAAUGAUGACCUAAAUGAUUAUUUAGAAAAUGUGGUAGGACAAAGUUAUUUUUAUGAUUUAAAAAAAAAUAAAAUUGUAUGUAUUGAUGAACAAGAGCAUGAUGCUAUUAUUAAUUUUGAAAAUGAUAAUAAUGAAUCUAGUUUGUCAUAUAAUUUUAGUAACAAUCCUACGAGUCAAAGUUUUACUCAUGAUAAUGGUCAUAAUAAUAAACAUGUUCAAGAUGCAGAUGUAAAGGAUAUAAACAUAAACAUGGAUCUUUUGAAAACGAUUUUAUCAUCGGAAUAUAAAAACAUGGACAACUUGCUUGACCAAUGUAAUUAUGAUUCACACAAUUCUGGAAAUAAUACGAAUCUAGAAAUGUUUGCAUCUAAACAAGAUGUAAACAACAAAAUAUAUGAUGACCAAAUAUUUCCAAAGACAAAAAAAAGUAUUAUAGAACAACAAUAUAUAGAAAAUUUGAUUUUCAAUGAACUAAUAAAAUAUGCAGAAAUAGAGAAAGACGAAGUAAUUGAAAGUGAAACACCCACGAUUAAUAAUGAAUAUAAUAAAUUUACAUCCUUAAAUAUAAGACCUAAUGAAACAAACAAUGAUUCUAUUAUUACAUUGUCAAACGAAAGAGAUAACAAAAAUGGGUUAGAUAGUGAAGGAGAAAAUUGCAACUUUUUUUUGGAAUAUAAUGAAAGAAAUGUUAGGCAAACCCGAUUUGAAAGCAGCUUAAGAAAUGACAGUGAAAAAGUAGAAUGGAAAAACAAUGAACAAUUUAAUAUUUUUUCUAAUAUUAAUGAAACAAAUGAAUCAAAUUAUUAUGACAUGGUGAAAGAUAAAAAUUAUUCUUAUAAUUCAGAUGUAGGAAAUAAUAUGGAUAGUCCAGAAUUUUAUGAAAAUAUAAAAAAAGAAUGGACAAAAAAUAUAGAAGAACAAGUUGGUGAAAAAUCAUUUAUAUGCAAUAAUUAUAUAAAUGAUAUAAAUGUAGAAAUGGGUAAUGACAAUAUAUAUAUCCCUGAAAAUAAAGUAGCCAAAUUUACUUUAAUAGUAAAUGUUCCACCAAAUACUACUCGAAAAGAUUUAAUGGCUGUUUUCAGUAAAUAUGGAAAUGUAAAUUUAACUAUGGUUGUUUGUGACAAACAAUCAAGACAUCCUAAUAAGGAAUGGACUGCAACUUCUGGAUAUGCAUUCGUUCGUUUUUCAACAAACAUUGAAGCACAAAGAACAUUAAAUGCUGCAAUCUCAGGACAUAUACGUAUUAAAGGAAGUAGAGUUAGAGCUACUUGGGCAAAAAAAGAUUCUUAUUCAAAAAAAAAAAAAGAAUUUAAUUUAAAAAUUCCAUGUUCAGUAAUUAUUACUAAUGCAGAAGGAUUUAUAUGUUGUAUUUGUAGAAAUUAUUUAUCUUAUGACCCUAUUUUAUUUCCAUGUUGUUAUAUAUCUUCUUGUUCAGAUUGUUUUCAAAAUUACAUUAUAAAAGAAAUGAAUCAGCAAAAUAUUAGAUGCCCUAAUUGUUCAUUAUUCAUUAUAGAUCCUAUUAUUAAACUUGACCAAAAUUCAAAAGGCAUUUUAACUUUACUAUAUAAAAUAUAUUAUAAUAUUAAAGUAAAAUGUGUAUAUGACCAUUGUAAGUGGAUUGGUUUUCAUCACCAAUACUUUUCUCAUAUAUUUACUUGUAACUUUAACACAAUUCAGUAA